UGGGCGACGCCGAUUGCUUACCAUCAGGUGAUCCGUCUGCUCGUUUACUGGCUUAUCACAUAAAAGAAAACACAUUGAUAGUCCAUAACGGUCCUCUGGUAGCCUAUUGAGCUCCUCUACAAAGUAGAGGUUCCAUAUUUUCUCUGUGUCUAGCAGGCAGUUUAAACGAUCAGGUUUAUCAGGGAGCGUUGCUGCCAGUUCUUUGUUAAAUAUGCGAUAUACAACACCCACGAAAAGAGUAGGCAUGAUAACAAGUUGUACUCACCAAAUAAUAAAUCAACACAAAAACAAACUAACAAUAAAAUGUUUACUCUUUAUAAUAUUAACUAAUAUAAAAGUGUUGAUAAGCGAAGCCCGGGAAUAACCUAGUACAAAAGAAAGCGAUAAGAAAUGACCGUUACAAAUUGCUUUGACAUCCGUUAUCAUAUGAAACGAGGGGUCAAUUUAAACAUAUCAGUGUUGUAGUCCAACCACAUAACUAGACGUUUUGUUAGACGUCUGUUGUUACAAGCAAAAAGUAGUAAAAAGUUGUUCAGGCUUCCCACGGAUCCUAUUCUCUGACUUGCGUGACAAAGUAUCAAUUAAUUUUGGUGCAGUUUCUUAGAAGUUGAUGAAGAGAUUAUAUUAAUGAUUUAAGUCUAGUAUAAUUUAUACAGUUCCAAAUUCUGUUCUAUGAUUUAUAUUUUUAAAGUCUCAAUGUGCACGACAAUAUCUACAUUAAUAAAUAAAUACUUAAUUAGUUUGUAGAUACAUUAUUUGGAGAUGUUUAGAUAGUUUGUGAUUUUGUCAAUUUUGUAUUGACUGCGACGUAUACAAUAGAGUUGUAGUAGUAAGCCGGCAGUCACAGUGAGGCGGUGUCGUCAUGCGGUCCAUUAUUAUAUCGCUCUGGCUAGCGAGCGCGGUGCACUCACUCGAUCUACAGUACUUAGACCCCACCAAACUGCAAACACAAGUCCCACCUGCAAUCCAAGAACGUGCAGCAUUAGAAAUCAUCAGGCAAUAUUAUGCUAAAGUGAACGUGAGAGUCGAUCCAGUUUUUUUCGUUAAUAAAAAAGACAGUUUUCAUUUAAAAACCUUCAAUGGCACCCUGGACAUCAGAGCUAGCAGCGGAGUCGCUGCCACUUGGGGUUUCAACUACUUUCUCAAAAAAUACUGCAAGAGCCAAAUUGAAUGGCAAACGAAAAACGUAAAUAUACCGUAUCUACUGCCCGAGGUGGACGAGACGGUGGUGGCUAACGACCGGUUCCGGUAUUAUCAGAAUGUGUGCACAGCGUCCUACAGCUUCGUUUGGUGGAACAUCUACAAUUGGAGAGACCAUGUGCAAUGGAUGGCCCUCAACGGUAUCAACCUCGCAUUGGCACCCGUAGCUCAGGAAGCCGUCUGGACACAAGUCUACACACAAGUCGGUAUGACUCAAGAAGAAAUAGACCAACACUUCACGGGCCCAGCGUUCCUAUCCUGGCUUCGAAUGGGCAAUGUACACGGCUGGGGAGGACCUCUACCAAAGUCUUGGAAUGACGUGCAAAAGGAGUAUCAAAUAGAUAUCAUCAAUAGAAUGCGUAAUCUCGGAAUCGUUCAUGUACUACCAGCUUUCAAUGGUCAUGUUCCUGUGGCAUUCUCUAGGAUAUAUCCAAAUACAACAUUUCACAAAGUGCAACAGUGGAACAAAUUCGAUAACCCGUACUGCUGCGGUCUAUUCUUGGAUCCGUUUGAUCCUUUAUUUGUGCGCAUCGGUCGAAUGUUUCUCAAUGAGAUCUUUAUAGACACGCCUGUAAGUCACAUCUAUACAGCCGACCCCUUCAAUGAAGUCGAACCCUCGGAAUUUUCCACUGCACUCGUACAGCAGACGUCCAAGAAAAUAUUUCAAACACUUUCCGACUUCGACAAGAAUGCAGUGUGGCUACUUCAAAAUUGGAUGUUUGUUAAUGCUCCACUUGCAUGGCCAGUGGUCAGGGUGAAAUCAUUUUUAAAUUCCGUGCCAAGUGGCAGAAUGCUGAUACUAGACUUGCAAUCAGAGCAAUGGCCACAGUACGAUCUGUAUCAAAUGUAUUAUGGUCAGCCGUUCAUCUGGUGCAUGUUGCACAACUUCGGUGGCACACUGGGCAUGUUCGGUAAUAUGAUCACGAUAAACAAGGACGUGUACGAAGUGCGGUCGCGAGAUAACAGCACCAUGAUCGGCAUCGGCCUCACUCCAGAAGGAAUCAAUCAGAACUAUGUGGUGUACGACCUGAUGCUAGAGUCUGCCUGGCGCAAGUCUCCCGUCGAGGACCUCAAUGCGUGGGUUGCUGAUUAUGCAGAGAGAAGAUAUGGGUGUAAUGAAACAACGGAAGCGUGGAAAUAUUUACUCAAAAGUGUCUAUAGUUUUAACGGAUUAAGUAGAGUCAGAGGAAAAUAUGUGGUCACUCGAAGGCCGAGUUUAAAGCUAAAACCCUGGGCUUGGUAUAAGAGCUACGACUUAUUCGAAGCGUUUCGAAAAUUCGUUUCCGUUAGUAAUAUUAGUUGUUACUCUGAUGGGUUCCGUUAUGACUUAGUAGACGUGACGCGACAAGCUUUGCAGUAUAGAGUCGAACAGCUUUAUAUAAAUGUCGUCAAUGAUAGAUACACGAACGUAUUUAUUUAUGAAGCUUCUAUUAAACGAUUUCUUGAUGCUCUUAAUGAUAUGGCACAAAUAUUAUAUCAAGAUGAACAUUUCUUGGCCUCGAAGUGGUUCAAGAAAGCAAGAUAUUUAGGGAAGACGCUCGACGAACAAGACUUGUACGAAUUUAAUGCGCGUAACCAGAUCACGCUUUGGGGACCAAAGGGGGAGAUAUCUGACUACGCUUGUAAGCAAUGGGCAGAGUUGAUCGUAUACUAUUAUCUUCCGAGAUGGGCGAAUUUCCUGGAUGCUGCUCUAAAGGCGAAGAAAGCUGGUGAAGAAUUCAAUGAAAAAGAUACUCGUCGUGUGAUAACAUCGACUAUAGAAGUGCCGUUUGUGACUGCUCGGUCAGACAAUGUAGACGGUUCCUCAUUAACAGGAUCAUUCACUACGGCUAUGGAAGUAGCGAAGAGUUUGCACAGAAAAUGGUCGUGUGCUCCAGACGUGGAGGAUUUGCCAGUGGUUGUCAUAGGAUCAGAUAAACAUAGAAGGACUACUUUAGCUGAUGAUGACUUGGAGAAUGAAGAAACACCAGGGUUUCCGAGUGUGAUCAUCAUUCCCACUACGCCUGAAGACUAAACAUUACCGCUACAUGUUUUUGUGGCCAUGGAUACGGAGUAAACGACGAGCGACUCCGGGAUGCUGACGAUGAUGAAGUUACCAAGGCUGAUAGAACUAGCAAGUUCUAUCGUUGCUAUGGCAACCAAAAUGUCUUCGUCAACAGCGCUAAGACUUCGCGUCUCCCUUCCUGUUGUUCGCUUAAAGACCUGCCUUGGCCAGUGUUUAGGAGUAUAAGUACAUGUUGCUAAGUAUACAAUAAAGUAGCUACUGUUGCGCGGUUUCACCCAAUGUUCGGCUUCUUUUGAUUGUAAUCGUUUUAUAACCAACCUUCCUCAAUAAAUGGACAAUCCAUCACAAAAAUAUUUUUUAAAUUUAGUCUAUUGGUUCCAUAGAAUAGAGCGUUCAAAGUGUUUAAACAAAAAGAUAAACUCGAACUGUAUUCUAAUACUUGGCUACGAAAUUGCUUUGUCAUUUAUGAUGAAACAUCCAAGUUCAAUGCUUUGACGACUGAAUAAAAUUAUCUUUUGAAAACACGCGAUCCUAUAAGAAUAUCGGGAUAAAAUGUAGCUAUAUUACUCACUAAAAGAAGUUUUUCAAUAGCGAAAAUAUAUAAAAAAUAUAUAUAAAAUAUAUAAAUCGGUCUAGUAGUUUCGGAGCCUAUUCAAUGCAAACAAUAAAAUCUAUAUUUUUAUAAUAAACGAAAACUACUUUUUUCUUUACAGUCGAGUGAUGAGUUUAUAUUUAGUGAUAUUGUCGUACGCCUGAGCGCUGGCCAAGGCAAUGAAGGGAUAAUAGCAUUUUACUAUUUUAUUUUUCAAUUUGUAUUCAAUAAACAUUUUCUUUAUUAUGUA